GUUUGACAAUUUUAAGUUACAGGGAGAAACGAAGAACCUCGAUUUGUUGGGGCCAAUGAAUAAUCAUAUCUUAUGGUAAUUUGAUAUAGCAGAGCAAUGUCUCGACAGGUAUUUGUAGCACUGAGGUACGGUUCCAUGCCCAUGUUGGGACUAGGCCUCCUCCAAGUCAAAGCAGGAGAGAACACGGUGGGCGGUGAGGACAUGACCCCUGUGACCUGUUUGGUGAAGCCCAAGGACCUGCCGGUCUACAGCGAACCUGAGCAGACGGAGUACCAGCUGAUACCGGAAGGACCCAGCGCUCUGAGGGACAUGGUGGGCACAGUCAGGGAGCAGAUCUGGAGGUUCUCGGACACCUUCAACGGAGCUAUCAGUUUUACACAAAGAACAUACAAAUCAGCAGAACAGACAACACAGAGUGUGGUCAAGUUCAUCAAAACAGAGGAAGGUUUCUACCCCAGGGCAGGGGUCAUCUCCAUUGCUGGUCUCGCUGGCCUUGUCCUUGCUAGGAAAGGUGGUUUCUUCAGGAAGGUUCUGUAUUCUGGUGGUCUGAUGACGGCUACCGCUUCACUUUGCUAUCCUUACCAAGCAGUCAAGAUUGGCAAGGCUGAGAUUGAAUGGGUUCAAACUAAGGCUGCGGACCUUUAUAAAGGAGCCACAUCAACACCUGCAGUUGAAAAGGUAGCAGCCACAGAAGCAAAGACGGAAGAGGACACCAAAGCAGAGACCUCCAGUUCAGAGGAGUCUGCUGAGAAGGUGGAGGAAAGCAAAUCAGGCACUAGCCUGGAGGAUCAUGGACAGUCGAAGCCAGAGGAUAAAGACAUGUACACCACCAGAAGCUGAGUGCAUGAAGGCAGCAGGCAUGAACUCUGACCUUUGAACUUUGAACUCUGACCCCUGGGCAGUUUUUUGAGAGUGUCGCUCGAUUCAAGAUUCUGAUGCGUGGCAUAACUUAAAUAUAUAUGAAAUUGUGUGUGGAAAAAGAAGGAUAGACUCAUCAAGAAUAACUGAACAUAGAUCUAUAACGGCAAGAACGUUGGCCUGUUCAUUCAGGAUGCAUACAUUAAAGCCCCACUGCACUACUUAUAGCUACUUGCGCCCUCUAUAUAGCAAACAAUGCCUAAGUGGUGACUGUUGGUCCCCAUGGUCCCCUAUUUCUUAUCUUAAUUGAAAGCUAGUUUGAUGAGAUAACUACCUGUCAGUCACCAUGCAGGGAGGUCUAAUCCCUCCUAUUCAAACUAGUGCAGAUAGGCGUUAAACAACUACCGGUAUCUAGGCUCACCAAUUGAGGUUUUCGGCCGUCAUAACAAGGCUGUCUUCUUAACAAUGUAUAUCAGCAGCUAAGGCUGCCGCAUGGUGUUACAGAAAGCCUUAAUUUGUGAGUACUUACCCAUCAUGGAAACCUACAGAUCAUCUAUCUUGGCUCAUUGAUGUCUAAUUGCAAGUAUUACGUACCCAAGUUACACGUCUGGAUACCUUUUUUCAGUGGCAUGUUCCAACAUGCUGAAAUUACUUUAAUGACAUCAUGUAUGUUAUUGACAGUGUAGUGCAUCUUCUGUCCAAGUCAUUUCCAUGUCUGAGAAUGUGGCAUGGGUUUAUUGAUGUAACGCAAGGUACAACUGAAGGCUCUCCAGAAUUUGCGCUUGUGAUAAUGGUGUUGACUACCUUAUAUUCAUGUCUGUUUACAUAUUUCAUUCAUCUUUAUGUGAUGUGCAGAGGAUAUUAAGGGGAUCCAGAUAUAAUUACCUUCAUACUCCCUUCAUAUUGAAGUAAAAGCUGUAUUUAACAAGGGGGGGGGGGGGGGAAGUCAAUUUGUGCGUAUAUUUUAUUUGGAUAGCUUGCAAAGCAGAAGUUUGAAUGACAUUCAAGUUGUUGUCUGAUUUAACUUUUGAAUAAAGGAGAUACAUUAUUAUUAUCAUGUA